AUGUCUACUCUCACUCGCGUACGAACGCGUCUUCGGCUGCUACUUGCUCGGACAACUACCUGGUGCGCCAAUGCACCCGCAGUGGCACGGACUCUCGCCCGGCGUAUCGCGGCGCUCGUCGUGACCGUCGCCGCUUUCGUAGUGGUCCUAGCUGCGCCCCUAAUAUCCCUGAGCAAGUCGCGUCGCGUGCGAUACAUCAGUCUCUCAUUUUCUGUCUUUUUAUUCGUCUUGUACGGUCUGUAUACGUACGAUUGGCCACCAUAUGCGCUAUACUCUACGCUCGAAAAGCAAGAGGUGGCACACUCGCGGGCGCUACUUCAGAAGGAACGUGGCCCGCAGCGUUUUGUGCUCUUCAAGCAACUUCAGGGUGCUGGCUUCAACAAUCAGGUGCAGGAAAUCCUUCUAUAUCACCAUCUCGCGCUGGAGACGCGUCGAACGUACGUCUACCAGCCGUUCGUCUGGAGAAAGCGCGGCGAGCACUCCUUCGUGCCUCUGUCCGCCUUCCUCGCUGGCGUGACCGCAGACACGGUCAGCAGUACCGUGUAUGACGAGGUUUGCCCGGAAGCGGAGCGCACGCACAUCACCAUAAACUCAGAGAGCGAUCGAACCCGCUGGACGGAGGCGAAGGCGGAGAUUGAGGCGAAUACGGCACGCUGCCUGGUUGUGGACAACAAGAUAUUAUCGUGGAACUUUCUUGCUUCUCCCGGGUUGCAUAUCGUAUGGCCGACCUAUCAGGCCUACCUCAAAGAGUACUUCUAUUGGUCGGACGGUAUCAGCGUCGCCAUUGCACGCACGCAGGCCAAUCUCAACCUACGGUCGCCAACCAAUCCAGAAGGGGAUGCCUACAUGGCCAUACAUCUUCGCAGAGGUGACUUCGAGACGCACUGCGGCUACCUCGCAAAAGACCACACCGGAUUCACUACCUGGGCUACCCUUCCCGAACUCUACAACUCCGUAUACUCACCUCCAUUAUCCACCGGGAAUGACUCCUCCGUCAUGGAACAUUGCUACCCCUCCCUCCGGCGCAUCCUCGACCUCAUCGACAUGCACGCGCGAAGUCGCACGCUCCGCGUCCUCCACAUCCUCCACGACGGCGCGUGGGACCACCCGCUCGUGAAGCUUCACCUGGCCAAGCUCGAGGCCGCCGUGCUGAGCGACGUGCACGCACGCGCCGCCGGCUGGCCGGGCGGGCCCAUGCGCCGCGUAACACACUCGGGGACGCUUGGCUUGGAAAAGGGCGAGGGCGACUACGCUGUCGCCGUCGACGUCGAGCUCGCGCGGCGCGCGGAUGUCUUCAUCGGCAACGGGUACUCCAGCCUGAGCGCGCAGAUCGCGGCGCUGCGGCUGGGCGCGGACGGGGGACGCACGAGGGAUAUUAUGUUCGUGUAA